AUGAAAGCUAAUUAUUUGGAUCUUUUUACAGAAAAUCCAAGUACAAAUACUUUGCGUGUAAUUCAAGAACAGACGAAAUCGCUGUCGUUUGAAUGGAAACCGAUGAAGCACGAUUCGUUUAAAUAUGUAUAUUUAGAAAAUUCAGCGGGGUACUUUUGGAAAACUGAAAGAUAUAUUGAAGCUGGCGAUAUCGGAAAUUUGCCAACUAUUGGGAAACCGUGUGAAGCGAUAACGUAUAAAGCAGAGGGUUACUACAGUGGGAUUCUUGGAUACGCUUCAUUGUUUUCAACAUACAACAUUGAAUAUGAACGAGGUGAGCUUGUCAUUUUAUUGCAGUUGUUCAGUAUUAUAUCUUGUCUCUGUAUUCAUGUAUUUUGUACUGAAAGCAGAGAAGAAUCUGCUUAA